CCUUGCCAAUGUACCUUAUGUGGAAUUUGGUUCCACCGCAAAUGUGCUUCCUUACCACACAUGGUCAAACAUAAGCGCCACAAGCACCCUCUCAACCUCACCAAAUCUCUCAAGACUGAUCAAUCUGAGGAUCGACUUUGUCAAUUUUGUGUAAAAAGGUUGGACACAAACUAUGGGAUUUAUUAUUGCUCAAGUUGCAAUUAUGUUGUCCAUCUUGAUUGUGCCAUGGACAAGGUUGGUAAGGAGCUAACAUUUAAGUGGGAAUCAAAAGAUGAGGAGCUUGUUGAGUCAACAACCAGGGUGGGGAAGGACAAAAUUGAAAUACCCAUAGAAAUCAAACAUUUCAGUCAUGAGCAUGACUUGAAACUUACCGAAGAGCUUGAGAAUUAUGAAAUAUGUGACGGGUGUAUACGGUCCAUCUCCUCUCCAUUUUACAAAUGUGCUCAGUGUUCUUUCUUUCUACACAAAUCCUGUGUAGAAUUACCCCCUGAACAGCAAAACCCACUUCACAACCACAAGCUCACCUUGAAAUCAAGGAGACCUAUGCUUGCUCGUUGUGAUAUUUGUGAACUUUUUACUAAUGGCUUUACAUAUGAGUGUAAGCUAUGCUGGUUUUCACUUGAUGUUUCAUGUAGUAUGAAACCAGAAAAGCUUACUCAUGUCGGCCACGAGCAUUCCCUCUUUCUCUCCAGUACAACAUUGGAUGAGAAGUGUAGUGCUUGUAUUUAUGAAACGAAAAUCUUUCGUUGCACUAAAUGUGAAUUUACUCUAGAUUUUGGAUGUGCUACACUACCCCCCACUGUAAAGCACAAACAACACGAGCAUUCUUUUACCUUACAAUAUAUUGUUGAAGAUGAUUCAGGUGAAUAUUAUUGUGUUAUUUGUGAGGAAGAACGAGAUUCAAAAUUUUGGUUCUAUUACUGUGAUGAAUGUAGUUUUCCUGCUCACCCCAAAUGUAUAUUUGGAGAGUUCUUAAAUAGUGAGUAUCGAGACUGCCGAAACAUCAAGUUUGGAAGCACUUACACAUCCAACAUCCCCUCACUCUUUCUCGUAAGACUAUGGAACAUGCUUCAUGUGACAAGUGUGGUAAAUUUUGCAAUGAAGUGGCCUAUGAAUGUGCCACUUGUAAUUCCAUCAUUCAGGUGCUGGGUUUGCCGAAUUGUGAAACCUCUCUGA